CCUACUUUUACAUUUCAUCCAAUGGUCUGUAGCGUUGCAUUGUUGUCACAAAACGUGCAUAGCUAGGAACUGGCUAGGCUAAUUCUGGGAACACGAACAACAGAAUUCAACAAAAGAAGAUGGAGGUCGAGCAGCUGCUCUCUCUCUCUGGCUCAGCGCUGGCACAGGCAGUCAGUGCGAUGCUGGAGACCCCAGGCCUCUACGUCUUCUCCGACAUCCUGGAGCUUCCCAACGUCAGAGAGCUGGAGGCUGGUCCGCAUGCCCCAGUGUACCAGCUGCUCAAUCUCUUCGCCUACGGAACCUACUGCGAUUACAAAGAGAGAGCUGCAUCUCUCCCAGAGUUAACCCCUGCACAGAAGAACAAACUUCGCCACCUGUCAAUAAUCAGCCUGGCCUCCAAUCUGAAGUGCCUGCCCUACUCCCUCCUGCUGCAGCAGCUGGAGCUGAAGAACGUGCGGGAGCUGGAAGACCUGCUGAUCGAGGCGGUGUACUGCGACAUCAUCCAGGGCAAGCUGGACCAGCGCAACCAGCAGGUGGAGGUGGACUGCAGCGUGGGCCGGGACCUGGGCCCCAACGAGCUGCCCAACAUCGCCAACACGCUGCAGGAGUGGUGCUCAGGGUGUGAGGCGGUCCUGUGUGGGAUUGAGGAGCAGGUAUCCAGAGCCAAUCAGUACAGAGAGAGCCAGCUGAAGGUGAAAGUGCAAGUGGAGACCGAGGUCUCAAACCUACAGAAAACCCUCAAGGCCAGCUCCGCGUCCCCUUCGUCUGGCCCCGCCCCUGCCGGAGCCGCCUCCAAUCAGGACGCGGACCAGCCGGCCGAGGCACGAGACCCCGCUUCUUCACAGGAACCACGGCAACCGGGCAAGAAGAGCUCCAAGGUCAAAGGACUUCGGGGAAGCGGCAAAAUCUGGUCGAAGUCGAACUGAAGAGGAGGCGCGUUUGGAGCGGCGGGGCGCGACGGAUGGAGCCCGGCCCGCAGGGAGACGGACGGACGGACAGGGACGGACGGACAGGUGUACAUAUAUAACGGGACGGGCCGACGGGAGCGUGCGGCGUGUGUGUGUGUGACGGCAUGUCGCGUGCGGACGCGCGCGUCGCCGGGGGAGACGCGGACAGAGCCCGCGAGCUCGCACCGUUUUUCGGUUCUAUCUUUUUUUGAAUGGAAGUUGUGUGUAGUACAUGAAAAUGCCAUGUGUUGACAAUAAAUUGUAUCUUGUUCCACA